AGCACAGGACAAAAGUUUGGAGCAACGAUAUGUAGACGAACACACAGUGCACUUUUCUGUCGAGCUUUUCUUUGCCCCCCGCGACUGGUUGAGUCCUCUUAAUUGUGUCUAAAAGUGAGAUAGGCUGUACUGAGGGGAACAUAAGGAGACGACGGAGGCGCUUCAGCCAGGAAAGAAGUGCCGUGAGAAAGAUACCGUCUCUCUCUCACACACAGCACCACCACCUCAGCCGCACCCGGAUCACGUCCUACAGCACAGCGCUCUCCCUGUUUCCUGCUAUAGCAUGGCCAGUUCGAGUAAAGCGACUCUAAUCUUGCUCAUCUACGGAAUCUUAAUGCACUACAGUGUCUUCUGCACACCUAUCGGACUAAGUUACCCUAAGAUUAGACUUGAAAACGACGCCUUCGACGAGGAUGGGAAUUCUCUGUCCGACAUGGGGUUUGAUGGCGACCAGAUUGCUAUACGAAGCCCACCAUCCUUAAACGAUGACGCUUACACUCUAUACUACCCACCAGAGAAGAGAUCAGAAAGGCAUGCUGAGGAAGAAUUAGGUAGAGCCUUGAGGGAGAUCCUGGGUCAGUUAACAGCGAGACAUUAUCUGCAUUCUCUGAUGACUGUUCGUGCAGGUGAAGACAACAGCAUGGAGGACGAAUCAGAGCCCUUAUCCAAAAGACAUUCAGAUGGGAUCUUCACUGACAGCUACAGUCGCUAUAGAAAGCAGAUGGCCGUGCAGAAAUACCUGGCAGCGGUUCUGGGUAGAAGGUACAGACAGAGAGUUAGGAACAAAGGACGCCGACUUGCCUAUUUGUAGCGUUGUAAAAGCGCCCAAACUGCCCUCCUGUGUAAAUACAUCCAGUCGUUAAAUCAAAGUCAUUCAGAUAUAUCUGACCAACCAGUGGAUUGCUCCUGUGUUCUUUCAACAUGUAUUUAUGUAUGAAGUAAAGCCAUUAAAAUGAAUAUUUUAAUAAUAAUAUUGUUUUUUUUUCUUUUUGUACAAAAGCACUUGAUACCGCACAGUUAUACUUUGUGGACCAAUAUUUUAUUUUCAUGUUGAGAUGUUGAAAACAAAACAAAAUGGAAAAAAAAAAAAAUCAGAAAAAAAGAUAGAUGUGCACCUUCAACAUUAUGCGCUUGAAAUCUUUAAAGGUCAUCUACAUAUGCAGAAAAUAAAUAGAUUUUAAAAGACAAUCAAAGUAUUGAAUGUUAUACUUAUUUUUGUAACCAACGUUCUAUUUUUUUAGUCUUUGUUUUCCAAACAGGCCCAAAGAAGCAGUGAGCAUGCUAUGUGAGGCGUAUCCGGCUUAUCCUGAAUGAUAGAUGUGGCCCUUGUCCACCCCUCUCCAAAGCUCUCUUUAAUGGGAGCCCUGUGGGUUUGUGUAGCUUGCUGCCCCUUUAGGGGGGAGGGAGGGGGGAGUCGGAUGUUUUUUUUCAUUUUUUUUUCUUUUUUGUUUUGUUUUGGAUAGCCUCUCACUUGAUAAAUAGAUGAACGACUUACACAGUCAUUCAUGUAACUGGUGGUAAAACAUAACAUUUCAUUCAUCCUGAAAUUGAAUUGCAGGCUUUGUCAAGGAGAUUUAUUGCCUUUAUUACUAAAAUUGCUAACAUUAUGUGGAAAACACUGCUUGCUCAGUUGCCUCAAAGUUAUCUACAGUAAAGUAAAGAGUUAAGUCAUGCUCAACAGGACUGUACAAAGAAGGUUUCAUGUGCAUACAGGAUGAUGUACAGGAUUGAAAUGACCUAAUGCACACAUUUAUCUCAAUGUUGUCAGUCACCAGAACUUUUUUGGAGGAAUGUGCUUCAGCUGUUGACUGUAUUUGGCAGCAUUCCAAAUAUUCAGAGAAGACAAGUACAAAGCAGGGAGUGAAGCAAAAAGGUAGCAUCACAGUAACAGUUGAGGGUAUUUAACGUAUAUAUGGUGCAUGUUAAAACUGACACCUUGCUAAUUUUUGCUUAGAAACUGCAUGCCAUUGUGCUUCUUUUGCUAUGUGUGAGGUGGGCUGUGCCAAACCUGUUUCAGCACCACUCCCCCUCAGAUGCUUUGUGACAGAAAGGUGAACAAGGAGGGCUAGAGGUGGUAGAAACUGGUACUGCACUGACUUGUUGAAUUUUUUGCCUCCCCUGCUGCUGUCAUUGUGGAUAUUUUUGGACAAGACACUGGACCCCUUUUUGCUGACUGUAUUUUGUCCUGGUACUAGUUGUUUAAAUUCUUUUCUGUCUAAAUGGCCAUGCUUAGUUGUUGAUUUGAUAGUGCUGUGAUUUACCUGUUAAGACAAAGCUGAACUGUGUUGGAUGUCUAACUGGUUUAUGUGCAGUGAGGAUGCGAGAUAGAGGAUGAGAAGAGUGUUAGGUGAGUUACAGAGACAUAUACAUGGGAACGAGGAGAGAGCAGGAGAGGUAGAGCGUGAAUAAGGAGGGAAGAAAAGCAGGCUGUUACAUAAGAGAACAGGUUACAGCACCCAUGAGCCAGAGAAGAAGUGUUGCAUGUCGAUAUGGAGACAAAAAAAGAGGCUGGAGGACAUCAGCGUCGCCUCGGCUCCACAGUGAAAUCAGGGUCAAUGAGUCUGAUAAGAAGAAUAUCAGAUGUUGAAUUCCCCUCACUGAGGUUUAAGCAGGAGGAUGUGAGAGAAGCUGGAUGAGGCCACUCUGAGUUUCACUCUUACACUAGAACAGAGGUGAAUGAAAUUCAGCAGAGGGAUUUUCCCUCUGACUUUUUAUUAAAGUGAUAUCCUAUGUAUUUAUUCUACAUUAUGCAAAUGCGGCUUUAUGCACCCCCUGCUAUACAAUUGGCAGCCUGUGUUUUUCCAUGAAAACUAUCAAUACGCUCCUUCUUCAAUUUGGCUUUAUCCCACAGGCUUUGUGUGAAUGUGUGGAUGUACCUGUUUGCAUCUUGUGUGAGAAUGCUUAAUGUUUGUGUGAGUGGAUGAGUAACUGAAUGUGUACGUUGAAGUGGAAACAGCUUUCGGCUUUGGUGCCUUGCUUUGACGUGAGAAAUAAAAAAAAAAGAAAAUAAAGAUAAAAAAAAAAAAGAAAAAAAUCGCCACAAGUGACAGAUGGCAAUUUUGGUGGCCCUACAAUGCUGCAGUCCAUUAGCUUACAUUGAAACUUCCUUUUAUUCUGUUUAAUUGCUCAGCUUAGUCUGCCCCGAGAGUAGUAGAAUUAGGCUUUCUUUUAAAGCAUGGCCGGUAAUUUAAUGA